AUGUUCAACAGAAGUCAAACGAUCCACGCGGGCUCAGAUUAUUCCCAUUUCUUGUUGAACGUCCCCACGGCCCCUCUCCUCCCCGCGGGGCUGAGGGAGGGCUGCCCGUGGCCGGACUGUUUUGGUGGCUCCACGCGGCCCGCCCCUGACGGCGUGGCGCGUCCUGACGUUUUUCCACGUCGCAGCUCGGCUGUGCCUCACAGGCGGAGUGGGCUGCGUGUGAAUGCGUGUCUCCAGCUAGGCCACAGAGCGAUGGCGGCGCCCGUCCUGAGAGUGUCCACCCCGAGGUGGGAGAGAAUAGCCAGGCUCCUCGUCUGCCUGCUGGGGAUUCUGCUCUCUCUGUACGCGUUUCACGUCGAGAGGGAAAAGGGACGGGAUCCCAGCUACAAGGCCAUGUGCGACAUCAGCGGCUCCAUCAGCUGCUCCAAAGUGUUCAGCUCAAGGUGGGGUCGAGGAUUUGGCCUCUUGGGCUCAAUUUUUGGGAAUGACAGCGCACUGAACCAACCCAACAGUGUCUAUGGGAUUCUCUUUUAUGCCUUUCAGCUUCUACUAGGAAUGACUGUCAGUGCAAUGGCCGCCCUUUUUCUCAUGACGACGUCCAUCUUGUCGGUGGUGGGUUCGCUCUACCUGGGCUACAUCCUCUACUUUGUCCUAAAGGACUUCUGCGUCAUCUGCAUCACCACAUACGCGCUGAACUUCAUUCUCUUUACCCUCAACUACAAGCGACUGGUUUACUUGAACGAGGCCUGGAAGCAGCAGCUGCAGGCCAAGCAGGACUAAGCUGCCCGGAGAAAGGCAAGGAAAAUACAACAAUCACAACAAAAAAAAGAAAAGAAAUGUGACCUCUGAACAUUUGACUUGCCACCAGGAGACCUUGCUUCCAAAACAAUGUUUUGUUCUGCUGUGUGUUCAAAAAAGAAAAAAAAAGAAGAAAUUUAACUUAAAUGUUGGGCCUGACAUCUCAUAGUUGAUUGCAACCACUGAAGGAUUUGUAAGUGAAAGAUGAUCUUUUAAUUUCUCCUUGUUUAAUCGUAGACUCACAUAAGGGGCUGGUGGUGGGUACAUGUGUGUGUGUCUGUGCGUGUGUGUGGACACGACAUCCCAGCAAACGGAGGCACACACCGGUGGACAGCUCGCAUUUGAACAAAAAAAGGACGGCAGAGCGGAAGAGAAAAUCAGGACGAUAAGCUCGAAAAGGUUAAAGGAAAAAAAAAAAGAAGCUCCUUUUUACUGCACAGCGCAUCUGCACUAAAACCCAGAUCCCAGAAACGGAUCCUCAGAUUAGAAAACACUCAUUUGGUUUUGGUAGUUGGCAGAUGAGGUUUGACGGCACGGCAAGGGGGGGGGUAAUGAUGAGAGGAUUACCAUUUAUACCGAAUAGUUUUUUUUUUCCUCCAUGUUUACACUUUGUAGUACGUUUCUUUUUGAUGAGGACCACUAAAAAUAAAACAGGGGACUAUGUGAGAAUUGUGUGUAGAUCAGUCAGAUUGUUUGUUUUGCAACUCUGUAAAUAGCUGCUGAGCAAUAUUCCAGGCUAGAUUGUGAUUUUUUUAGUGUUGACACGGAAAAAUAAUAA